GCCGAUAAGAUGACCUUUUUCGGGACGCCGGGACAGUGCACUCAAAACUGGGACAAUCCCGGAAAACCUAACAAUCUGGUCACCCUAACAAUCAAAGUUCUAAACAAAAUACAUAGUUACAAUUAAAAGUACUUGGUUACAUUAUCUAUUGAAAGAUUUAAAUUUUUCUGUUUAUAUUUAAGGUUAGCUUUAAAUGCCGAAAAAAUUAUACGAGUAUACUAAUGUUGCAGAUUUGAAUGUCAGUUUACAAAGUGCUAAUAUAUUUGGAAUAGUCAAAUAUUUUCGACCACCAAUAGUUGUUGAAAAAACAGGAGAUUACAAUGCUCAAUACACUAUAAUUGAUCCAUCAAUUGAAAAUAAUUUACAAAGUGGUGUUCGUUGCAAUUUAUUUGGUAAAGGAAAUACGUUGCCUGAUGUUCAAGUUGGAGAUAUAGUUCGUUUUCAUAGACUAAAAGUUGAUCAGUUUAAUGGAAGAUUGCAACUUAAAACAACAAAAGGAUUUUCCUGGUUGGUAUUUAAUGGUUCAACUACACAAUCUUCUCACCCAAAAGUAACAAUAAGUAAAGAAGAUUAUGCCAAGGUUGAAGAACUAAGAAAUUGGUAUGAAAGUAUUAAGCAUAAAUUGGUUGAGGUUGUUUCUUUGACUUCAGAAACAAAACUUUGUAAUAUAAAACCAGAAAGCUUUUUUAAGUGUGUAGGUUAUGUUAUUCGAGUUGUACCGCUUGUGUCAAAUACUUCUUGCUUGCUCACUGUUACAGAUGGAUCUAAAGUUUGCUAUAGUUCAUUUCGCCGCAGGGGAUUGAUAGAGCUUGAACUGAGUCCCAUUAUUAAACAGUACUGUUUUGAUAUAUGUGUGUUUGGUGAACUAGUAAACGAGGUACUGAAACUGACUCCUGGAAGUAUUGUGAACUUGGAUUGUGUUCAUGCAAAGAAUGUCCCUCCUUCAAUUGUUGAUACUGUACAAAUGGAGCUGAAAUUAAUUCCAAUUGCUGCUAGCCAUGGCUGGAUUGAGCUAACCUUACCCUCUAAUCCCCAUUCUUGUAAUGGCUUUAAAGUUUUGAACAAGGACGAUGAACGAGCAAAAAAAUUGACAAAGGAAAUACACGAUCUGAGAGCUACUUUGGACAUCAAGGUGUCAAAAGUCAAUGAAGAGCAUGCUCGUCCUUUACAAGAAUCCUUAACUAUUACAGAUUUUCCAUUGAACCCAUUUAAAUUGCUAGAAGAAGUAAAGUCAUCCAAUGUUCCAAAUAAGUUUCGCUUAAGAGUAAAGAUUAUUGCUGUGAAACCAUCCAUAAUUCAAGAAUGUAUAAUAGGAAUUUGUGGAACUUGUGAUCAAUUUAUACGAUUUAAUGAUACUUUUCUUAAAGAAGUUGUAUUCAAUGACACAAUGCAAUGUAUUAAUUGUAAAAACGAUCUUAUGAACAUAACAUAUGCUUUUGAAAUUUUAGUUUUAGACUCAACUGGCCUUUUGCAAGUAAAUGUAUUUGAUAAAGAGGCCCAUCGAUUCUUUAAUAAUAUUAAACCUUCGUUAUUAUUACGUGAUGAAAAUAUAAGGUUGAAUUAUGAAAACAAGUUAAAACGUAUCUGUAAUGAAGGUAAGUCAUUAGACUAUGAAGAUGAGUUACCAUGGGUAGAGAUAUGCGUUUGCUCUUUUCAUUCUAUUAGUCAACCGAAUCAUCCAAGAUACAGUUUGUUUGGAACUUCUCUAAUAUAAUGUUUUUUGGUUUUCUAUAUAUCUUCAACUUAUAUAAAUAAAAUUAUAUAAA